GCUCCGCCAGUGUUGUGGUAGGUCGCAGCGAGCCUCCUCGUCCGAGCUCACUUACGAUCGCGACGUCGUGCCGGGAGAACAUGUCAUCGGCCUCUAUCAAACGUUGUUACGAUCAUUUAUACAAGUUUUAAACAAAAGUUAAUUACGGACUGAAGUCUAAAACAUUCUACGGGUGGUGCGAAAAACUGCAAAUGCAUUUAGCAUUUUCCGUGAAACUGAUGUGAGAUGGCCUUGUCUCUGCAGUCGGCGCAGAAUUCCAGAGGUGUUUCGGUAAGGCCGCUAUCAGCAAUGCGCCAAGAAUCACUUCCGAUGCUAGCAGAGCGACUGCUGGCGACGCGCGCGGCCGCGUUGGUAGCGGGGCUGCCCGCCGAGCUGUACUCGGGGGCGCUGCUGGCUGCCUGGCCGCCCUCGCCCCCCGCGCCACUGCUACCGCCGCCAGAACUAGAGCGCUCGCGCAAGAGAAGACGCACCUUCAAGUUAGAGGACACCACCGCCACGGCGCCCCCUUCCCCGCCAUCCUCCGGCUCCUCUCCCGGAGCUGCAGACCCACCUCGAGAUAAACUCUUCACCUGCAAGGUCUGCUCUCGCUCGUUUGGAUAUAAACAUGUUCUUCAAAACCACGAGCGUACUCACACGGGGGAGAAACCUUUCGAAUGUGGAGAAUGUCACAAGCGUUUCACACGUGAUCAUCAUCUAAAGACCCAUCUCCGUCUACACACAGGAGAAAAACCAUACAGCUGUCCACAUUGCCCGCGUCAUUUCGUGCAAGUCGCUAAUCUUCGUCGACACCUGCGCGUUCACACCGGGGAGCGUCCUUAUGCCUGCGCCCGCUGUCCAGCACGUUUCUCAGACUCCAAUCAACUGAAGGCGCAUGCCCUGGUUCAUGAAGGAGACGCGCCGUUCGCCUGCCGGUGCGGCGCGCGGUUCAGACGGCGGCAAGCGGCGGCGCUGCACCGGUGCGCGGGCGCCGGCUGCGAGCCCGACACGGCCAGCCCGCCGGCCGCGGCCGCGCCGGACUGGCGCUGGGACGAGUGGCCCGAGCAGACCGAGCCCGAGGACCUGUCGCUGCCGCGGAGGCCGGCCACGCCGGACUCGCCCACCGACCUGCGCGUGCACUCCGCGUAGUGGCCGCGUGCCACGCGCCGCUGAGCCGGUAUACGAGUUCCUCCUGAGUAGAGCCGCGCCGCUGCCGGUCACGGAUCCGCCGAUGAUGUUCCGGUGUUCGCUAACUUACUUCCAAAAAUUCCAAAAAUCUGUUUUACAAAACUUUUGCUCCACUAAGCAUUGUUGCAAUUUUUUUGUAUAUUUUCUCGGUAAAACUACUGACGCUGUCUCGUUAGGUAGUAGUCCAUUCUUUUUUUAUGUUUUUGCAUUUGCAACGAUCGUCAUAAAAACACUUUUUCAUCCAUGUUACAAUUUAGAAGUUUAUUGUCGUACUAUUUGCAUAAUCGCACAGCGAGGUGAAGCAAAAACGCAACCGUUUGUUCCUUUGUUUUCGGACUUGCAAAACAUAGUACGAAUAACUACAUUGCACAAAAGAUAUUUUUUGAUUUAUUGGCACAUUCUAUAGUCUCCAGAUGGCAACAAAAAGUGUUUCGUUAUGCUUGAUCUUUCUUUACUGAUGUUCAAUCGUCAUCUGCUCGUAGCUUCAUAAGCGGGAACCGGAAUAUGCUUCGAGAAGGCCGCGACAUUGGCUUAUUAUUUCAUCGACAAAGACUAGCUCACAAUUGGUAAUUAUCAAGUAUUGAUUCGGCAUCGAGUUCCGCGCUUACACAAUGCCAAUGACAUUGUAGAUCGUCGCUCCUUCUUUAUAACCGGUUCAUAAUCAACUCUUUUUGUACAAAUUACUAAAGAAAUAUUCAAUAUUCGUCUUGUGUUAAAUUACAGGGGAGAUUUCUUUGGGAUUUUUGGAAUAUCAUUUUUAUUUUAAUAAAAUAUUUAAAAUUACGAGCACCAUUGGCCUAGUGCUCGCGGCCGCGCGGGCCGGCAGCCGCGCCUUGUGCUUCUGUACAUACUGCUGUCUUUAUUAAAGUAUUUAUUGUUUUAGCUUAAGGUUAUGUGGAUAUGGUAUCCAAUCACAAUGGAACCGAUUGUCUACUGUUAAUAUUAUAUGUAAAUACAUAUUUAUUAUGCGGUGUUUAAUAUACAAGAUGUUUAGGUAAUGCCUAAAUGUCACAAAAGGAAAUGUAGUAUAAAACGAGAUAAAAAGUGCUUACUUAUGUGCUUUUUAAGUUUGGAUUAUGUACACUUGGAUUAGAUCGUGUAUUUUAAAAUAGGUUAAGAAGAAAGUCAAAAUAUUUAAUAUGAAUAUUGUACAUACAUAAAUUAUAAUUAUAUGUAAUGAUGAAUCUCUCCUCAGUGUACAUAUUCCAGCACAUGUUAUGUAGAGUGUGGAGGUGUAAGUAGAGUGAGCGGAGAUCGCUCUCUGAACAUUACUGCAAUUUGUUCUACGGGUAUUAGUUUCCUACUAGGUGUAGUGUGUUUAAUUUCUUUGUUUAUGAUCUUAUUUAAUAACUUAGUGAUUGUUCUGAAUGUUUAGCGCACAUGGUUCUAUAAUGAUUGUGUCUAUUUAAGUAGUACUGAUUGUUGAUUUAUUAUUAUUUUAUUUUUUUAGAAUUAAGAUUUUCGCGUGUAGAUUCUUGUCCUAUAUGGAAUAUAUAAGUGAAUUAUAAAUACUAUACGAAAUAUUUUCCCAAAGAAAUUAUUGGUACAAACGUUAAUGUGUACAAAUUUAAGGAUAAUUCCAUUUUAGAAGUUGUAAAUCCAUGUUGCAAUGUUGUAUUAUUACUGUAGUUAGUGAAGUAAGGCAAACGGUGCCAUUAUCUACCUCAUACGACUAUGGUUUACUACGCCAGGGUAAAGAGCCAAAGUUCUUGGAAUAUUUCCUAUUGUUUAUCUUUGCUGAGAUAACGUACAAAUGUCAGAGGUGUGCUCGCCUGCAAGCGAGUUGCUGGACUAUUGCUGUUUGAGACUGAUUUUAGUUUGUGUCGUGAAUCGCCCAAAUGGUUAUAAACCUAUUAUUGCGCUGGCGCAUACACCGACAACUUUUAAAACCACGCAAUCGCCCGCUGAGCUGCGGGUGUCAGGGCGUGGCAUGCAAUCUUACUUAGUUCCUAUAUUAAUUAAGUAUUCAUUUGUUUCCUUAGUUACAUAUUUGUUUAAUUUUUUCAUUUGUUAGUCAAUAAACGUAUUUCUCAUAAACUGUGCCAUUUGUUUAGUUCAAGAACUUAUCUCGAUUCUUCAAAACUAAUAUAACAUCUGACCGUUCAAUAAGUUAACCAAAUGGAACUGCCACUAAACUUAUCUACCUCAAGCUCGGAUACAGGUGUCGCUUCAUCGACAAUUUAACGAAUUAUUCCACUUUAACUAUUUUACUUGUACAAAUUAAUAUAAGAUAUUCUGAAUGUGAAAUAAUUAUGGUACGACGCUAUAAAUGUAUUUCUUUAUCAAUGUCCAGUACAUAAUUAUGAAAUAAAGAGAUGUUUGUUAUUUA